CAGCACAUACUUUGUGGGAUAAUUAGCACAUUAUUGCCUACAAAUAGGUUAAGAAGAUCUUUUUUUGGUGGAGAGCAGUGGUGUCACACCUUUUUUUUGUGCCACUGCACACUUGAUGUUGAGAUAUGACCAAAACCGCACACAACACACGGUUUGAGGGAUCUCCCAAAUUUUUUCAAGGCUUACUGGUAUGCCAUGGCACACGGGUUGACCAUCACUGAUGUAGAAUAUUCUAUUUUUAAUUGAACUUCGUAGUAUGCCUGAAUUUAAAGACUUUUCGAUUGACUGCUCAUUUACAUUUCGAUUUUUAAGGUGUGAAAAUCAUCAUUAAGUUCUAAGUUUUAGUAGAAAUCACAUUGAACUUUAAUCAAUCUAGUGUCCAAAAAUUAAAAACCUUCAAAAAAUGUUAGAAUCUAAGUUCUACAGCAAGCUAUUCCCAGUCGAAGUCGGUCAGCAAAUCACAAUAGUCGGAAAAUCAAGUGAAAAUCCAAGUCGAUUCGACAUUGAACUAAUCCCAAGGGACAGAAUUAGUGAAUUUGCUAGUGUUGUGCAUCUUCAAAUUUCUGUCCGAUUUAAGGAUGUUGAAAAGGAACCAAUUGUUGUUCGUACUGCAAAGAUUGGAAUUGGUCCUGUAAGAGAAGAAAGAACUGAAAAUUGGUUUCAUGGAAAUGUCUUAAAUCCUGUAAAUCCAGGCGGGAUCUUCAGAUUUGACAUUUUUGUUGAGCAAGGCUGCUUUUUUAUUUCAAUCGACGGCAAGCCAUUCUGUACUUAUGAUCAUGUAAUGCCGAUUGAAACAAUUUAUGCUGUAAAUGUCUCAAAAGAUGUGUCAGAUAUUUACAAAGUUCUACAACGAAGAGUAAAGGAACCGAUGUGGCCAGCAAUAAACACAAACUCCUUUGAAUCAAUUUCACCAGCUCAUUAUAGUCGGGGAAAUGUUGUAGUUAUUACUGGACUGCCUCAAGGAAAUCACAACGGAGAUAUUUUCAUCAAAUUAUUUGACGGAACUGAUCAAUUCUGUGCUCACUUUGAGAUUCGUCUGUUCUUAAAAAAUCACAUAAUUGCUCUUAAUUCUCAAAGUUUGGAUGGUGCCUGGCAUGGAGGAAUCAAUUGCAAGCAUCCUUUUAAAUUCGAUGAAGUCUUCAAGCUUGCUAUUCAUAUGACUAACGAUGAAUUUCAAGUUGCUGGCAAUGGACAUAAAAUCGUGUCUUUUCCAUAUCCUGAUCAUCACGAUGUUCUUUUCAAGUGCCUUAAUAAAAUUAGUAUAACUGCUAAUAAUGGACUGAGCUUCCAGGUGCAAGGAUUUGACUAUGUUAAGUCUUAUAUUGGUGAGCUUGGAUUUGAGGAAUUGUCGGAACUUCCAAAACCUCCAAUAGAGCCAGUGACUGAAUUUUCUGAAAUUUAUGAGGAUAAAAAUGAGUAAGCUGGCUUCUAGUGUUAUUCUAGAAGCACUCUACUCUGAUUAGAUACUAAGACUAAGGUAGCUACCCUAAGUAGCUCUCGGAUCUAUCUCCAGUCUAAAAAAAUCUUAAAUAAAUGCAUCCGUUACAAAUGUUAAUUAAUCACACUCUAUUAAUAAAUCACUAAUUGACUCAUUUUUUAAGCAUCACAUUUUCCAUCUGACUGCCUUCGUCCUCCAUUUGCGUCUAGCAUCAAAACAUCAAUCGCGC